AUGGGAAUAGAUCGUAUUUGUAUUUAACGCUUUUACUUUAUAAGUCGGACGACCGGCUAUGAAAUAAAAGUCAUAUUUUUACGAAAGUCAUACAGGUGAAAUUGUUAAUUUAAUACACUUUUCGAUAAUAAGAAAAAAAUCAUGCAUUUUUAUUUCUUCUUUUUUUUUUUAACAGGAGUUAAAACAAAGAAUUUUAAAUCGAAUUUUCGUUUACCGAUUUUAUUACAAACUUGUAAAUUACCGACUAAUGAACACUGUAACAAACUCUUGAAACAAACAUAAUUCAAAAGCUUAAUAAUAAUUUAAAAUAAUUUAAGAGCACUCCUUUGUCGAGUCACACUCAACAUUUUUAAAUCGCCAUUUGAAUUGCCAAAAAAAAAUAAUAAUAAUAAUAAUAAUAACAAUAAUUCAGAGUGCAAAGGGUUAAACUGGAAACUAGAAUUUUUAAAACAUUUCAUCUCACACGGAGAGACCAAUGAAAAAACUGUCGAUUCCCCGAAAACGGUGAUCGAAAACUUCAAAGCUUUCUCGGCAGAACGAUUUGAACGAUUCUGCAAGGUCUCGAUCGUCGACGAUAAUUGA